GAGCCACAGUCCUCGGACAGCUCAGGCCAAGCUCCCACUGCACCUGUGCUCUCUCCAUCUCACUCUCACCAUGAGCUGUCGCCUGCAGAGUUCCUCCGCCAGCUACGGAGGUGGCUUCGGGGGUGGCUCCUGCCAGCUGGGAGGAGGCCGCAGUAUCUCUACUUGCUCAACCCGAUUUGUCUCUGGGGGAUCAGCUGGAGGCUAUGGGGGCGGUGUGAGCUGUGGCUUUGGUGGAGGGGCUGGUAGUGGUUUUGGGGGUGGCUUCGGAGGCAGCUAUGGAGGUGGCUUCGGAGGUGGCCUUGGAGGUGGCUUUGGUGGGGGUUUCGGCGGUGGCUUUGGUGACUUUGGUGGUGGCGAUGGCGGCCUCCUCUCCGGCAAUGAGAAGAUCACCAUGCAGAACCUCAACGACCGCCUGGCCUCCUACCUGGACAAGGUGCGUGCCCUGGAGGAGGCCAACACCGACCUGGAGGUGAAGAUCCGGGACUGGCACUUGAAGCAGAGCCCGGCCAGCCCAGAGCGUGACUACAGCCCUUACUUCAAGACCAUAGAAGAGCUCCGGGAAAAGAUCCUGGCGGCCACCAUUGACAACAACCGGGUCAUUCUGGAGAUUGACAAUGCCAGGCUGGCAGCUGAUGACUUCAGGCUCAAGUACGAGAAUGAGCUGGCCCUGCGCCAGAGUGUGGAGGCCGACAUCAACGGCCUGCGCAGGGUGCUGGAUGAGCUGACCUUGACCAAGACCGACCUGGAGAUGCAGAUCGAGAGCCUGAAUGAGGAGCUGGCCUACCUGAAAAAGAACCACGAGGAGGAGAUGAAGGAGUUAGGCAACCAGGUGGUCGGCCAGGUCAACGUGGAGAUGGACGCCACCCCGGGCAUUGACCUGACCCGCGUGCUGGCGGAGAUGAGGGAGCAGUACGAGGCCAUGGCGGAGAAGAACCGCCGGGACGCAGAGGAGUGGUUCCAGAGCAAGAGUGCAGAGCUGAACAAGGAGGUGUCUUCCAGCACCGCCAUGAUCCAGACCAGCAAGACAGAGAUCACGGAGCUCAGGCGUACGCUCCAGGGCCUGGAGAUCGAGCUGCAGUCGCAGCUCAGCAUGAAAGCCGGGCUGGAGAGCUCACUGGCGGAGACGGAGUGCCGCUACGCCCUGCAGCUGCAGCAGAUCCAGGGCCUCAUCAGCAGCAUCGAGGCCCAGCUGAGCGAGCUCCGCAGUGAGAUGGAGUGCCAGAACCAGGAGUACAAGGUGCUGCUGGACAUCAAGACGCGCCUGGAGCAGGAGAUCGCUACCUACCGCAGCCUGCUGGAGGGCCAGGACUCCAAGUUGACCGGCGUCGCCACAGGAGGAAGCACCACCAGCAGCACCACCACCAUCUCUCGCCGCAGAGAGUAGUAGGCCUUAAAUCUGCCCGGCGGCCCCUCCCUCAUCCAGAGGAGCAGAGAGCCGGCGGUUCCCUGCAGGAGAGAGGGGGGGGACUGCAGGACCCGAGGGUCAGGCACUCUGUUCCCCAGCACCCCGUCUGGACCCCACUCUCCCGAGGGCCUGCACGCCCUGUCUAUCUCCCCGGAGUCUGCUUUCUCUUCUCCCUGACCUAGCUCCUCUGAGUCCUCAGCUUCUCUACUAAAAAGAAAAUUCAAUAAAGUUUCCUGUCUUUUUGCAAACGUA